UUUACCAACUUCACUUCAUUUGGAACCUCCAGCCUCAUCAAUCCGAUCCCCUGAACUACUGAACCACACGGACUAAUCAUGAGCAGGAACUACAUGUCCAAGUAUGAUGAGAUGCGUAAGGGAGACUACAUGUGGUCCAAUAACAAGGAAUACAAGGCAGUUUUCCAGGAGGACGGUAACUUUGUCAUCUAUGGCUGGAGGCAGAUGUGGUCCUCUGACACCGCGGGACAGCGCGACGCCUACCGCCUGUGCAUGCAAGAUGACAGCAACUUUGUCAUGUACAAGAGGGACAACAAGAUUAUGUGGCAAACCAAGAGCCAGGCUCAAGGGUUCAAGAUGUGCCGCAUGUACCUGCGUAACGACGGCAACCUGGUCGUUGAGAAGGACGGAGAAGAAAUGUGGAACUCUUCUUCCUCCAAGGGUCACAAGCAGUAAACGUUCUGACUCGGUCCAAACGGGCAUCAAAGAAGAUGACCUCUGUACAUCUGUACCGUCAGUCAAAUGCCUGUGUUCAAAUAUCCACAUGAAUAAUACCACUUAGAAAUCAAGCGAUGUGCUUUGCAUGCUUUGUGUAAGUGUUAUGCUAGUGUGGUUAUUAAAACAUAGCCUUGAUGUAUCUGAUUCACAGUGAAAUGAUGAUACAAUAAACCUUUUAAAAAUGCCCCAAAA